CAUCAGCUGUGGUGCACUUACAUCCAGACUAAAGAGCUGCCUGCAGAGGGUGUAAACAUCAGUGACCGCUAUCUGAAUAUCGGAAUCCAAUAAAAUGUCUCAUCAGGCAGAAUUUUCAAAGAUGGCUGAUGAUGUGAAGAAGGUGAAGACAAGGCCCACAGACCAGGAGCUGCUGGACCUGUACGGCCUUUAUAAGCAGUCUAUUGCGGGAGACGUAAACAUUGAAAAGCCUGGAAUGACCGACUUAAAAGGGAAAGCCAAAUGGGAUGCCUGGAACUCCCGGAAAGGAAUGUCCAAGGAUGAUGCCAUGUCCGCCUACAUUACUUUGGCUAAAGAAGUCAUUGGAAAAUACGGCAUGUAAUCAUUUGAAGUAUUCCCUUCUAUUUAUGGAGACACGGUAAAAUCACUAUGCACUAAUGAAUCACAUAAUAAAAUGUGACACCAGUUCUUUUUUGUAGAAACUAAUCUACAAGUUACUAUGAAAAAAGUUAUCUGAACAGUUCAUGUUUCUUUGUUACAUUUAUGGGAAAAAAUGUCAGUAAAAGUAGCCUGUAACAACAGUACAGCAAUAAAUACAUAAAAAGUACAGCACAGUACAGUAAUAAAUGUGUAAAAAUACAGAUGAUCUUUUCCUGUGGUUAAUUUGAUGAUGAGCACUUUAUAUUAGAGAAUAGCAAAAUGGAAACAAUGAAUGAGUCUUGAUGCGUUUGUGUUUAAAGUAGGAUGAUCACAUCUACAAGUUUAAGGUACACGUUAUUGUCCCCAUAAGCAAAUUUGUCUUCUGCAUUUGGCCCAUUCUUCAAUACCACUGUGGCGAACUGUCAAGAGUAGUAAGCUCCACAAAGAGAUCAGGACCACCUUAGCUUGAGGAUUUUGCGCUACAUGUUUUUAAAGAAGUAGACAAAGUGGUUCCCCCCCAAAAGAAAAGGCUUCUACAUCAUUGAGAAGAACGACAGUGCUCACUGGAUCUGAGGCUGAGUUAAGUAGUCUCCCAGGUGCUCUCCGGGUUUGUGGGCAAAAUUGAAAUUAUUAUUAUUAUUACUAUUAUUUUGUUUAAUGAGCCCAUUCCUACUGAACUUUAGUCAGGCUGUUGCUCUCCUUUCAUAAAUGAGUGGUAAUGUAGUAAUGAGGCUGUUACAACUUUUAUCACAAUAUUACAACUGUUAGGGAUCAAGAGUGAAGUUCUCUCGCUCCCUCUCUCUCUAACGCUCUCUCUCUAAAUCUCUUUCUAACUCUCUAACACUCUCUUUCUCUAGUUCUCUCUCUCUCUCCCUCUACUUCUCUUCUCUCUAUAACUCUCUCUUCAGCGGCUGGUCCUGCAGUUGUUUGAAGGAUACAUAUAAGUGAUAACACAGGUGCACUGUUCAUGGAAAUGAUACACUUUGAAAAUGCCUCAUGUUCUAAUGUUGAUGAUUUGUUGAACUCUGUGACCUCGAGUGUAAUGUCUUUUUUAGCACU